GGAUGUAAGCCGCUGCUAACAGGAAGCCGAAUAACGAGGACUCAUUGAGGUGCAGGAAUUGGCAAAGAGCAACGAUUCCAAACAUUGCUCUGUACCCUCGUUACAAAUCCUCCACGAUACAGGAGGAACAAGCAGUCAGCCACCGGUGUAUGAACUCAAGUCAGAGGCAGCUAUGUCUUCAGCGGUGGACCUCAAGACCAAGGAGGAGAAGGAUGCGGAGUUGGACAGACGAAUCGAAGCUUUGAGGAAGAAAAAUGAAGCUCUGGUCAAGAGGUACCAGGAAAUAGAGGAAGACAAGAAGAAGGCGGAGCAGGAGGGCAUUGCUGUGACGACCCCUCGCAAGCCCCGCCCCCAUGAGCCGGAGACGGACAGAAGGAAGACUGAGAAAGAAAACUUAACUGUCACGGUAGAAAUUUCCAAACAGACGGGGGUAAGACAUGAUGAGAAGAGAGUUGUGAAUGAAUGGAAAACUGGAGCGCCUCGCGGUCGGAAGACGUCAGAGGAGAGUGAAGGCCAUGGAGGGCAGAGCGACGGCCACAGGGGGCAGAGCGACGGCCACAGCCCCCCCAGGAGGACUGGGUCGGGGCGAAUGGGUCGAGGAGGUCAGAGAGGAGGAGGAGGAGGAGGAAGCCGCCAGGAGAGGAGAGAAUGGGAACCUAGAACACCCAGAGAUGGAGAACCUGGGGAGUCAGGAGGACAGGGACGCAGAGGAGGAAGGAGAGGAAGAGGAGGAGGAGGAAGAGGAGGAGAAGGAAGGGGAGGAAGAGGGGGAGGGGGAGCGGCGGGAGAUGGAGGAGAUGGAGGAGGUGGAAGGGGAGGAAGAGGAGGAGGAGGAGGCGGAGGAGAAGGAAUGGGGACACCAGGUGGCAUGGACAAGAAAUCCAAGGAAUGGGAGGAGAAGAGGCGGCAGAACAUUGAGAAGAUGAAUGAAGAAAUGGAGAGAAUAGCAGCAUAUGAGAGAGGACAGCAGCCGGAUGCAGACAAGCCGAGCCGUAACUUCCUGGACGACCCGAGACGUUCAGGACCGGCGCCAGACAUAGACCGCAAGGAGGGCAGCAGGAGACAUGUACGAAACUGGGGAGGACUGGACUUUGACAACGUGAAGACAGGAGCCGAACUGGAGAAAGAGUGGACCAGUCGAAGGCCUGGUCCGAAAGGGUCUGUAGACAUGACCAUGUCAAUGACCGGCCGGGAGAGAGCAGAGUACCUGCGCUGGAAGAAGGAGCGUGAGCAGAUUGACGAGGAGCGACUGGCACGCCAUCGUAACGCCACAGGCCAGUGGAGACGAGAGUGGGACGCACAGAAGAAUGAGAACAUGUUCAAGGAGGACCCAUAUGCAGCUGCAGAGGGCAUCGCACCCGAGCAGGGCAGCAGGAGAGACGACAAUAAACGCCCUCCUAAAGCGCCGACAUUUGGCGACUUCUUGUCCCAGGGCACUACGCAGGGGCCACGAGGGGACCGGGGCAGAGGGAGGGGCCGAGGACAGAAACCAAGCUACAGCAUGCAUGACAACCGCUGGGAAGGAGACAAAGAAGAAGAGGACAAGGAAAAAGAGGACAAGACGAAGCGAGAGGAGAAGACUAAACCCGAGGAGAAGACUAAACCCAAGGAGAAGGAGGAAGAACAAUCCAAACCUCCCACAGCGCAGAAGGUGGAGAAGGACGGAGAUGGAGAGGAUGACGACGAGGAAUGGGAAGAUGCAAGCGAUGGAGAAGACGACGAAGAAGUGGAGGAAGGGAGCGACUCAGAACACGACUCCAGGGGUGAUGAGAAGAAAGACAAGGGGAAAGAGAAACCAGUCACGAGCAAAUACAACUCGCCGACAUCUCGUGCACCUCGUUCUCGGUCGACAUCAGCAGGAAGCCCCAAAGAACAGCGCCCCCCCAGACCAAAGGUCCACAUCCCCCCGCCGGAAGCAGUUCAGGAGUCACCAGAGGGAGGCAAGCCCCUCAGCCCCUUCCUGUCGUUGGAGGGCCACAAGCCUGUAACAGACUGGGCGGAAGAGAUGGAGAUGCUGUCGCCCCGGAGCAGCAUGGGAGGCGAGAGCCCACUAAAACCCGCCAGCGUGGAGGCCAGCCCGCCCCAGAAGAAGGAGGAGGAGCAGCAGGAGGAGCAGCAGCAGCAGGAGGAGAUGCAGAGCCAAGUUGCCAGCUCCGCUGAACCUCCUGAGCCACUGAAAGGGGAGGAUACAGCUGUAGAUGUUGCCUCUCCUUCAGAAAAGACUAAAGCCCAGCAGACUGUGAUAGUGUCAGAACAAGAGUCCGUCCCCGCAGACUCCCCUGCUGCACCGCCAUCUGACCCUGCCCCGUCUGAGGUUCCUCACCCCGCCCCCUCUGAUUUUUCUGCCCCAGCCCUUUCUGAGAUUUCUGUCCCCGUCCCCGUUACAAUGGACCAAGAUACACCUGCUGCUCCAUCACAAGCAGACAAACUGGACACCCCUCCCUCUCCAGCCGUCCUGGAGGAACCAGCAGGAGGGAACGAUGACGACUCGUCGCCCGCUGGGACCGAAGCUGCCCCGCCAGCAGAAACAGUGGAGUCCUCGGAGCAAACGUCCUCAGGCUGAAGCUGCUGGGAACAAACAGACUCACUUCUGAGGAGGUCAGAAAGAUGAGAUAGACGAAGAGCAUCACACUACUCGUCGCUGGAAUGACCAUCACACAUCGAAAUAAAACGAGAGGAAAAAAAUUACAUCAUCAAGUAGGAGGAGGAACUGUGUAUCGCUGCCAUGGACCAGCGUUUUUUUUUCCAGCGCUCUCUCUGAGCUGUUGUUUUUUUGUUUUGUUUUUUAAAUCUUUUUGAUCAGUCGGUUUGAUCACCUCUGGUCCGCUGCCAUGUUUUGUGCCACGCUGUUAGGUUUUAAGAUAUGAAGAGGAAAAGUCAUGCACUGCAAAAUCUUUUGCCCAUUGGCGACACCCCUAAACCGAACAGAUACCUGCUGAGCCCGGCCAGUCCAAAGUGGGUUUGCAAGGCCAAGAACUACGUAGAAAUGAAUCUCCACACCAGCUGGCCGAUAUCACUUUAUAAAAAGCUUUUUAUAAAGUGAUAUUUCCUGUCUGAUUGUUGUUUUAAAAACAUAUUGCUCGGCCGUCUCAGGUACAGAACAGACGUGGACAAUUUCUGCGUCGGAUUUGGCCGGAAAAUAAUUACUACUUCAUGGAUUGAACAGAUUUAAUUUUGUCUGUCAACAUGACCGGCGUGUUAGCUGGUUAACCGUCACAUGUGGGGCCCUAACCAACCUGCUGUCUUGUUGUAAACACAUCUGACUCGUGCCCUGGCUAACAUAUUUUUCUAGAAGCCUGCAUUUAUAGCUGCCACAAGGUAUAUGUUAAAAGUCAAAAAUCAUGAAACGCAGAAGAAGCAGAGAAAUCACAUUUUUUAACUCCUUCCGCCUGCUUUCCUGUUGAAACACGAGUCAAGUCAUCAAUACUUGUGACUGAGCUCUGACUGUCCAGCAAGACAUUUUAGUGUUCUGCUGAUUUAGCUUUAGCCUCCUAAAACAUCGCAGAACUCAUGAAUUUAACAAAGAAAGGAUCAAACUCGAUGCAGCUCAACCAGAUAUGUCAUCUUGUUGUAUUCUUCUUCCUUAUCAAAACAGGUGCCUCCAUUACCCACAAUGCAGUUUGCCAACAUUUGGGUUGGAGGUUUGGGUGUGUUAUGCUAGUAGCCGCUGUAGCAGCCUUUAGCCUGCAGCAGAGAAGUGUAGCAGGGUACAGUGGUCUGCUGAGCUCACUUCUUUCACACCUCCCAUCAUUUUUCUUUUUCAAACUUCUAGUCUUCAGAUCCAACUGACUCUGACUCAAGUGACAUCACUUGAGGACAUUUAUCUAUCAUCGCACGGCUCCAUCUUGGGUUCCCCUUUUAAAAAUGCUGGAUUAACCUUCCCUCGCUAAACAAUCUUACUAUGGACUCCGUCUUUGUACUCGUCAAGUGUUAUCCAAACAUGAUUUGCACACGGUGUUUUCUAAACUGGACUUGUCACGGCAAAAGUUGCUCUCAGCUCUGUGUUGUAACUUUUAAGCUUGAGUGCUGAACUUUUCACAUAUAAACGAACAUUAAGCCCUCGCCAACUGAGUUCACAUGGUGCUGAUUUAAACUUAUCGUCGCCAGGUAAAUCUCUGUAUUCGCAGUAUGCUAAAUCGGAGGCAUACGUCGUUAGCAUGCGUCAUUAGUGUUGGUGUAAUUACUCUCACUGCCAAUAGGGGGAGACACUGCAGGUUUAAAACCUCUGUUUUGAGGGGUGUCCAUCUUGUGAUUUUACUAUUGUGCUGAUCUUAGCUCUAUCAGUCUCUAUAAUGUAGACUUCGGACUAAAGCCUGUCCUGCUCUUUGGUUUUAUUUUGUUGGCUUUAAUUAUUUGUUUUGUUAGAUUGUGCAUGGAAAUUUGUUUUUCUUCAUAUCAGAACCAACUGACAAUUUUGUUUUUGUCAUGAGAGAGAACACUUCUGUUGACACACUAAAGCUGUUUUCAAAAAUGAGACACCUUUAGCCUGACUGUUUUCAUGAGCUUUUCUGCAGGUAGAUCACAAUGUUUUAAGUGUAAUUGUGUAUUUUACGUCGGAGCCGGGUGUGUGUGUGUGUGUGUGUGUGUGUGCGUGUGCGUGCGCGCUGUGACUCCAGUGAUCAUGUGGGUCAGAUGUAAAUCGGAAUGAGCGACUUUGUCAACACACAUUCAGUCGUUUGGCUGAUGCAGUCACCUAAAUUUACUUCUGGUAUCAGGUGUCUUGCUUUAGGGCACUCUGACAGAAUACCAUGUGACCUCUUCACACCUCCUCCUCAUCUUAAAUCUAUCAAAAUACCAAUUAAGUACUUGGAGCACUCGGUCCGUUUGCCGUUUUAAUGAUGUAAUCACUUCUCACCAGAAAACAUUCGAUAUUUUCAGAGACUGUGCCGUCAUUUUGUGAUUCUCAUUGGUUGUGAAUCAUCCGUUCUACAGAGAAAUCUCUUACGUCCGUCUGAUAAGAGUUCCUCCUCGCCCUUUAGAUGACACACUGCCUCUUUGAAUGGGAAGUUUGUUUUUAAAAUCAACGGGUCUGAUUCCAAAAUGGCUCAAAGAUAUUAGUGUUAUUGGUUUUUAUGUUAAUAAACAGAAGUGUUUUGGGGAUGUAAUUUUCUUUUAUUUCAAAAAUUCACACUUAAAGUAUCUAAAGUGUGGAAACAUGAAUUACUACUCGAGUAAUGAACUUUGGGCUGUAUUAUUAUUAUUUUUUUUAAAUGAACAGUUUGUUUUGGAAUGAAACCCUUCACUCAUACCUCAGCAGACCAAGGGCUUUAGUUUGGUUUGUUUGUGCUUUGUUUCCUGCAAACGCCUCAGCCUUUGAAUCGUGUUAGUUGUAGCGGCUCGCCUGUGGCGUUUGAAGACACGGGGAUAAAUGGGAUGCUUUAAUGUUUUUGUUUUCUAUAUCAGAGGAAUACAAAUUAUGCAUUUGGGUUGAAAGGAACUGCAAUAUGUACAGUUUUUAAAUGGAAAAAACAUUCCACAGAUGUGGUGUUGGUGCACAAUGUAGCCUGUGAGCUAUUAAAAAAUAUUUUUCUGUUUGUUUUUCUUUGCAUAUGGAUGUUUUUUUUUUCUGAUCUUCGAUGACUGAUUGUAUUUACAGCAGUAGAUAUUUCAAUGUACAUCCAUUUCUACAAUGUCUUCCUGUUUUAUACAUGAAAUCGCUCUGAGAACUAACAAGGUUGGCCUAUUUUUUUUUUUUUUUUUUUGGGACUUGUGUGCAGCUGUUUUCAUGAAAUUAUCCUAGCAUGAAUCUGAAAUUGUUGCUUUUUAAUGUCAAAGCCACUGAUGAAAUAAAUGUCCCCAUCAGCUCACACAUCAAGAGAGGAAUAAGAGCCCUGAUGUUUGUACAGCUUUCCAAAAUGAGCACCCACAUGAAAUGUAAAGCGCAGUUUUUUUUUUGUUUUUCCUCAUUUAGCCAAUAAAUGUAUUCCUCUGA